AUGGUAGAAAUAUUAAUGGAAGAUAAUUCUGGUAUAUAUUAUUGUCAUUAUUGUAAAUCUGAACGAACAGAAAAUCAACUUGAUUUUCUAUUAUCAGAAGAAAUUAAAUGUUUAGAAUGUCAAAUGACAGGAUUUGUAGAAAAGGAUUAUGUAAUUGAAUCUGAUGUAAAUACUGGACAAAAUACUAUAGGACAGAAUACUAUAGGACAGAAUACUAUAGGACAGAAUACAGUUUAUUCAUUAUUCCCAGAAAAUCAAUCAAAUGAAUCCAUUUUUUCCAUAUUCGGAAUGCCAUUAAAUACAUUUAUAAGUGAUUUGUUUCAAGGAUCAUUUUGUAUCCCAAUGAGAUCAGUAGAUAGAAAUGUACCAAUGGAAGUGAGAUUUGCAAAUGAUAUGGCAUCGUUUGUUAGUUCAUUCCCAUUUCAAUUGACUAGAGUUGAAAACACAUUUGAAAUUAAUCCUGAAGACUUUUCUAGAGUCUUUAGUACAUUUAUAAGUGAUCCUUUUAAUAAUCAGUCAUUGAAUCAGGUGUUACAAUUCAUUAUGCAAUCUGAUCCAAAUAGAUAUGGUUCACCACCAGCUUCUAGGGAAUUUAUUAAUAAUUUAAAAGUCCAUACAUUAAAUGAAGAAUUAGCAAAGGAAUAUGAAAGUUGUUCAAUUUGUACUGAAGAAUUUCAACAAGGUGAUCAAGUUCAUUGGCUUACUGAUAAUAAAGAUUUAUGUAAACAUGUAUAUCAUGUUAAUUGUAUAAUACCAUGGCUUAAAAGACGUAAUUCUUGUCCUGUUUGUAGAUUUGAAGUACCAACCGAUGAUGAAAAUUAUAAUAAUCAAAAAGAAUUAUUAAGAAAUCAAAUCACACAAGAAGUACAAAGAAAUCUUAAUACAAAUACAACAAAUAAUUAA